AUGAGAUUCACUCCAAAUAUCAUCCUCGAUGCUCCAUCAUUCCUUAAUCCAGACCAUGAAAGAACUCUAAGUCUCAGAGGGAAAAAAGCCCCAAUGAUUGAAAACUUCACAGUGAUUAAAGAUGUUUAUGAAGCUAUAGAUCUUACAGAUAAUGAUUUAAGAAUAUUAGGUAAUUUACCUAAAUUAACUAGAAUAAAAACAUUAUUGGUGGCAAAGAAUAGAAUUCAAAAUAUUCAAGAUGAUUUUUAUACCACAGUACCAAAAUUAACAAGUUUAAGUCUUGUUUCUAAUAAAAUUUUAAAUUUUAAGAGUUUAUUACCAUUGAAAGAAUUGAAAAAUUUAGAGAAUUUAUAUUUAUUAAAUAAUCCAAUCAGCCAAAAGGAUAAUUAUAGAUUGAAAAUAAUAUGGUUGUUACCAAGUUUAAAAAUCUUAGAUUUUAAUAAAAUUAAAGAAUCUGAAAGAACUCAAGCCAAAAAUUUAUUUGGUGAUUCAAUAACAAAUAUAAAUCAAAUUGAUUCAAAUUUCUUCAAUGAUGAUAUAAACAAUAAUAACAACAAUGAAGAUAUAGAUAUAGAUCAUGAUGAAGAACAAGUCCACACCAUACUAAAGAAAUUAACUGAAGAAGAUAGAAUUGCUUUAAAAGAAGAAUUGAAAACUGCAACUUCUUUAAGACAAAUCGAUACUAUUGAAACUGCUUUAAGAAAUGGUUAUAUAAAACGUGUGUAA